UUUGGAAGGGGACUGACAAAACCCACCAGUCGAUCCGGUUGUCCGCAGGAGAGGGAGAGCGACGGAAGUUCGGAUAGCGAGCGAGAGAGAAAGGGAGCUAAGUCUUAGAGAGGAAUUGAGAGACUGAGAUUUGGAUUGGUUUUGGAAUUUUCUGUUUUUGACACAUUAUGUCUCCUAAUCUCUGGAUUUCUCCUCCCAUUACAGCUGCUGCCACUGCUUUUCCUACUGGAGAGACUUGAGCAUUACAUCAGCUGCUGAUAUUUCUGUUGUGUUAAUUCCUGUCGAAUAUUUUGAAGAGGCAAGAUGAGUUCCAGAAUACAAUCCCAUCAGCUUAGCAAUGGCCUCUACGUAUCAGGGAGGCCUGAGCAGCCUAAAGAGAGAACCCCAACGAUGAGCUCUGUACCCAUGCCCUAUACUGGUGGAGAUAUUAAGAAAUCAGGAGAGCUAGGGAAGAUGUUUGAUAUCCCUGUGGAUGGCUCCAAGUCCAAGAAGUCAGGACCUAUAACUGGUGGCUCCAUGAGGUCUGGAUCUUUUGGAGGUGUUGCAUCUCACUCUGGACCUAUCAUGCCUAAUGCUACAUCUCGCGCCAUGUACACCACCUCAGGUUCUUUACCUUCUCAAGGCCUUUCUGGUUCAGCUUCAUUGAAAAAAUCAAAUUCUGGACCUCUGAGCAAGCAUGGGGAACCUGUAAAGUUGUCUGGUCCACAGUCUGGUGGAGUAACACCUACCGGUCGUCAAAACUCUGGGCCUCUUCCUCCUGUACUACCUGCAACAGGCCUUAUCACAUCAGGACCCAUUUCUUCAGGACCUCUAAAUUCUUCUGGAGCUCCAAGGAAGGUUUCUGGUCCUUUAGAAUCUAUGGGAUCCAUUAAAUUACAGGGUUCUGCAGCUCAUAGUCAUGCUGUAACUACUCUUACUUAUGAUGAUGAUUAUUCAUUUGCAAAGAACUUCCCUAAGAUAGUAUUAUGGUCAUUAAUUCUUCUAUUUGUGAUGGGUUUUAUUGCUGGGGGCUUUAUUCUUGGAGCUGUCCAUAAUGCAAUCCUCCUCAUUGUGGUUGUGGUUCUUUUUGCUGCUGUUUGUACACUUUUCAUUUGGAAUACCUACUGGGGAAGAAGAGCAAUUAUGGGUUUCAUUGCUCGCUAUCCAGAUUCUGAACUUAGGACUGCAAAGAAUGGACAAUUUGUCAAGGUCUCCGGGGUGGUUACCUGUGGUAACAUGCCCCUGGAGUCAUCCUUCCAAAAAGUUCCAAGAUGUGUAUAUACAUCGACGAGUUUAUAUGAGUACCGCGGAUGGAGUUCCAAAGCUGUCAAUCCUACACAUCGCCGUUUUACUUGGGGGCUCAGAUCACUAGAAAGACAUGUGGUUGACUUCUACAUCUCUGAUUUUCAAUCUGGAUUAAGAGCAUUGGUUAAGUCUGGUUGUGGAGCCAGGGUGACUCCGUAUGUUGACGAUCCAAUUGUUAUUGAUGUUAAUCCAGUAAAUGAAGAAUUAUCUCCCGACUUUGUCAGGUGGUUAGGAGAACGAAAUCUUUCAAGUGAAGGUCGAUUAAUGCGCUUAAGAGAAGGGUAUAUCAAGGAAGGAAGCACGGUCAGUGUAAUGGGAGUUGUUCAUAGAAACGAAAAUGUGCUAAUGAUUGUCCCUCCGCCUGAUCCGAUCGCAAGUGGGUGUGAAUGGAGCAAGUGCAUAUUUCCAGCUAGUAUUGAAGGUAUUGUAUUGCAGUGUGAAGACGCGUCGAAGAACGAUGUGAUAGCCGUGUAGCAUCAGGAACUCGCUUGACACACUGAGCCUUUGCUCACGUAAGAAUCUUCUUUCCUCAUUUAAUAUUUGGGUUUGCUGGUGGUGGUAGGUAGGUAGGUUAGGACUGAUGAGUUGACAGAGAUUGCAAGGGUUAAAGAGGGGAUGGGGUGGUGUUGUUUUUAGUUUUGGUGUAUAGUUUUCGAGAGUUUCUUUUCCACGUUUUUGGUGGAGGGAAAGGGCAUGAGAAAGCUUCUUGUAGUAGGGAUUGGGAUUGGGGUUGGUGUUCGUGUUCGUGUUCGUGUUCGUGUUGUGGAGAAAUUCGAACUAGUUCAAACAAGAUUGACGAUUAAUGUUAAAUAGAAUCAAAGUGUACGCGUUUUCUGUCUUGAUUCGAA